AUGCAGGUAGAGACGAUGAUCCAUCACAAUCCUCACCGUGGCCUUAAGCGACAGGAUGAAGAUGAUGCAGCAAUCAUUGCAGACGAUGCUGCUCAACGAUUGCGACUGGCAAUUGCAAAUGCCACAGAAGCUCGUGAGAGGCUACAGCUUAGAAACACCAAUCUACAGCGUCGUGUUGCACUUAUGUUACAUAAAAAUCAGGAAAGCAGCCCCGCGACUGGCGGCUCAGGUGCUGUGAAAGAUAAUUCAAAUUCUGCCAGAAGACGGGAGGACAAAAUUAUCUCAAAUGAAGAUACCAAGCGAUAUCUCGAUUGUCUACGCAGUGUUCAUGAAUCCAAGGUCCAAAUGACAAUGGCCCGAUCUCAAUAUGACAAGGUGGCUUUGGAACUACAGGCUCGACUGGAUGAAAAGGAAGCCAAGGUGACAGAGAUUCAAGACGCAUUUCUGGAAUUUAAGAGAGAAGUAGCGAGAAAUGCUGAAACUUUGGGAACGGGCAAGCCUAUAUCUAAGCGAAUGAUUGCUCAAUUUGAAGCUGCAGAACUUCGUAAGGAUCAAGACGUCGAAAAAAUACGGCUGAAACAUAUAAAUUUACGCAUGCAUCUCAAGAAGCUCGAACAGCUAUUGCAUGCAAAGGAGGAGCUUGCAGAGGGGCUUCACUUGAUUGAUUUUGAGCAGCUAAAGAUUGAAAAUCAGACGCUCAAUGAGAAGAUAGAAGAACGAAAUGAGGAGCUCUCUAAAUUGCGCAAAAAGACCACAAACACAGUACAAGUUCUGACGCAUAUUAAAGAAAAAUUACACUUUGUUUUUGCUGAAAGCCAAAUGCUUAAACGAGAAUCACGUGAGCUGGAAGAAAUUCUGUCUGCAAACCGCGACCAGCUCGCACAGAAAAAAAAAGAAAGAGACGCAACGCGACAGCUUGCUACUCGUCUGAAAAGCAAAGACGGGUUUGCCUCAUCCGAGAUGCUCAUUGAAGACUUUGACAAACGCGAGUCUGACGUCGUGGACCUGGAGGGACGUCGUGCAGAGCUCAUUCAGAGACACGCCUAUCUUGUUAAAAAGAUCAAGGAAUUUGACUAA